ACAUGUGCAUAGACACUCACACAUUCACCCCAACACACACACACACACACACACGCCUGUUGAGCAUGCAGCACUCUCUCUAAUUUUUCCUGCUCAUUCUGUUACACUGGCUAGUGGACUACUGGGCAGCAUCAGAGACACCCACACCUUGGAGUGAGUGCCAUAAAUCUCCUUCAGCACCCUGAGCUUCCAGCAGCUUCACCUCCUGUCAUUCUUUCACUCCAGCAGACACCUGAAGGCACAGAAGAAGACUUCACCUGAGCUUGACUGAGGGAUUUCUGGACGUUCUACUUUGGGAAAUGCUGCCAUUCAUCUAGCAACUAACUAAAGAGAUCCAGACAUGGUUUAGUAAAGACAUGUUUGAGGUUUUAUGCUCUGCAGCAAGAUGGUCAACAGAUAAUCUACUGCAGGAGAAUACAUAUGAGUCUUCUGUUUUCUGGAUAACCAUGAUGUUGAGGCAGUGGAGCUUUGCUGUGCUCUUACUGAGCAUCCCUCUACCUGUUCAAGGGAGACCCAUCCAGGCUCUCAGCCACAGACUGAGGCGAUCUGUGGGUCACGCUCAGCUGAUGCACGAUAGAGGACGGUACCUGCAGGAACGGAAGAGGCGUCUGUGGCUGCAGGAGCUUUUCAAGCAGGUGCACACUGCCAAUGUAUGGGACACUCCCUCAGACAGUGACACUGGCCUCCACGCUGUUACCUGGGGUGCCCACAGCUCCAAGCCUGCCAGCAGCACAAAGGAGUUUCCUGUAGACUUUGAGCCAGAGAGCACAGGCAGCACUGACACUCUUCUGCAGGAGACCAACAAGGAGCAGACUCUGCAAGGUGCUGCAAAGAGAAAGAAGAGAGUGUGCCUGGGGAAGUGGAGAGAUGGCACAAGAAGAAGAGGAUGGCCAUGCUUAGGCUACAGCUCAGGACCAAUGAGAGGUCCAUGACCAGAGAGACCUAUUGGCAGAUUCAGACAAGUGUGCAAAGAGCCAUCAACCCCUCUGGUGUCUGGACAAUUGCUUCUGAACUAUUCUGCUAAUGUCUGUGACCAGCAGAAAUAAAGUACAGUACUUUAUAAUGAUGUGUUGCAUCAUCUCAUGCACUGUCUAAAGACGUAGAGGUGUUUAAACGUAGUCCAAAGAUUCUUUUUUUUUUUAAAUGUCAAUAGUGAUUUACCAUUGAAUUUUUUUCAGUCUAUUCAGUUUAUUCUUAAUCUGCUUCUGGACCAUAGGAUUUAGACUAAGCUCAUGUUCACACCUGGUCACUUAAAAUAACUCAUAUCUGGGUUUUAUACUAAUUCGAUUCUGGCCACAUGCCUCUAUUUAAACUUGGUAGUCCAAUGUGUCUCCAGUUAGUUAGACUGUAAUGCGCUUGACGAAAUAUGCAAACUCUCUUGUUAAACAGCAAAUAUUACUACUGUUUCAGUUAUACUGCAAAGAGUUUUGGUUGUUCAAUUGUGUAACACGUGGCUUAAAUGUGUCUCUGACCUCCUGUUUGAUUGAUCAGAUUUGUAUCCGUUGUAUGUGUGUCUUGGGUGUGUUUACACUUGAUUUGAAUAAGACUCGGCCUAAUUCAGAUAUAAUCUUGGACCCAGUUUCCCAAAGCAUGUUUACAUACAGAAUAUCUUAACAUGGGGAGAGAGAGUACUUAGUAUGAUGUGCACUUGACCAUAUAAGAAUCAUGAUCUAAGAAACAUCUUUGUGCUAAGAAGCUUUUAAGAAACCCACCCUCACCCCCCACUCAAGCCAGUAAAGGGGCCAGGUGUAAACAGGGUCUAAACACAUUGCCAAACACAGCAAUUGAAGCCUGACAAUACAGAUACAAGUCUGGUUUCUGUAUUUUAUAUGGAAACAAAAUCAAGAUUCAUUUCAUUUUAUAUAACUAAACAAACUAAACUAAAUCCAUACAUCUUUGCAUUUAUUUAUUUGAUUAGAAAGGUGAAUAUUUAUUCUGUGAAUGUAUCACAAUGCUGCUGAUUUUUCUACAAGUUUCAGACAAUGCACUUUAGACAGCUGUGCUAUACGCCUGUACAUCAGUAUCUUUAAAUCUAGUGUUUUCUUCAGUGUUUUGUUUUAUGUCUUCCUUUUCCGUUUUGGUACAGAAAUACUGUAGAUAUGGCUUUCUGCCUUCAAUUUCUUUAAAUCUUGUCAAUAAAAAAAAGAUGAGCAAUAACAAAA